AUGGAUCACUACCGAGUUAAGAUCUCCAAACCGGAACAAAUCCACGAAACUCUAAUGGUGAUCUUCAAGGAUGAGGACCCUUUGGAUGGAAACGCACCGAGAAGGGAAUUUUAUUCCGUCUUUUUCCAGUGCUGCCUUUUUAACGAGAGAAUGUUGGUAGGACCAGGAAGACGUUUAGUUCCCUCAAACGAAAUCACCGUGACACAAAAUAAUCAGUUGGCUGCCCUCGGGGUGGCCAUUGUAGAGGCUAUCGUGAAUGGUGACUGCGGAUUCCCGUAUCUGAAUGAGGCUCUGUACCAUUAUAUUAUUGGAGAUAAAGAAUACGAGAAGUAUCUCAGAAUGGAAGAUAUUCCUGACCAUGAUAUACUUUAUUUUACCCAACAGUUAAUGGCUGCUGAAACAGAUGAUGGCGUCAAAAGUGUUUGGUGCUCAAGAAGUGGUGAUUGUAUGGACGGUACAGGCUGGCCAGCCACCCGAGAUGUAAAGUUAUCGAACCGGAAUGAAUUGGUUCAACACUUAGCUAAGUGGAGCGUGAUAGAGAAACGCCGGACAGCGAUAGACCAGUUUAAAGAGGGACUCAACUACAGGAACUUUUUGGACUCGCUGAAAACCAACAAACUGCUCAAAUGCCUGCUGGUAUUCUCAGGAGAGUAUUGUGUUACAGCCAACUAUCUCGAGAGGAUGCUGCGACCAGCACUAGUCCAACUUAAAGUCAACAAUAAAGAGGAAGACCAGGCCAAAAAAUUCUUUUAUCAACUGUUGAAAGAAAUUACAGAUGAGAAUGCCGCAUACUUGUUUUUCUUUAUGACUGGUGUCCUUGACCCUCCAAUAAACCGAUUGGAACUGUUGGUGACCUUUAACCCAAACAAGAAGAGGACUCUACCGGAAGCCGUAGCGUGCGCCACCAAUCUCAUUUUGCCGCUUGGAAACAGUUCGUUUGAGGCGUUCGAGAAGAGUUUCGUUACAGCAAUCCAGUAUGCACGCGUAGGAUUCGGAAAUGCAUCCACUUAUUGA